UGUCAGUUAUGAUGGCUGAAUCUCGGAGAGUUCAGUUGACCACGUUGCCCUGUAACGUACCUCCAUCCUCUGUCAGGCCGGCCUCCGCCCAAAAGUCUCCGUCAGAUGUUGAACAGGGGAAAGAAAACGGGUCAGACCGGCCCGCUGACACCAACACGGUCCGGCUGGUGCUCACAUUGUUUGAGCCGGACGAGAGGAGCUUUCCGGAGUUCAGCUACAGCCAGCUGGUUGAAAACAAGGACACUCAGGUCCCACUGAGCAGAUUUGAAGAGGAAGAAAAGCGAGAACAUGAUGAGGUCGCUGCUAUUUCAAGGAAGUUGGAGGAAAAAUAUGGUGACAAACCCAAGAAAAAGAAGGACCGCAUUCAGGACUUGAUUGAUAUUGGAUACGGUUAUGAUGAAGAGGAUUCUUUCAUUGACAACUCUGAGGCUUAUGAUGAAUUUGUGCCGGCCUCCAUCACAACCAAAUUAGGUGGGUUCUAUAUAAAUUCGGGCGUGCUGCAGUUCCGCCAGGCUUCUGAGACCGAGGACCUCACAACAGAGGAGCCCUCAAAAAAACGUAAAGUCAAUGGCAGACAGGAUAAGACAAAAAAGAAGCGCUGCAGAGAAGGUGAAGAGAUGAUGAGCAGUGUGGAUCCUAAGUCAAGCACUGUGUCUGAAAUUGGACCUGAAGACGAGGUGAUGAAGAAGACAAAGAAGAAAAAGGCAGUUGGCACAUUAAGUGUCACCAGCAUGUUGAAAAAGUUUCAAAGAGAGAAGGAGAAGGAGCGACAGAAGAUGGAGAAAGCCAAUCAGAAGCCAGCUGCUAUCAUGGGCGGAGUCACAAUCCCUCUGUGCCCGGCGGAUGCAGCCGGUGGUGGAGGAACAGGACUGACUGACCCUCUCCUUAGUUUAAUUGGAUCAACCAAUGACCACGCUCUUAUCCAAGCAGCCAACACAGUGGAUUUUGAUAUUGACUUAGACUCUUUAUUAGACGUCAGUGAAGGGACUUCAUCACCAAAGAUGGUUCCUCAACCUGCAGCAGAGCUUUUCAGACCCAAAACAGAUGAUCCGGCCCAGAUCAGUCCCAGUCUGACCCAGUCUGAUGCUGCUCCUCCAGUCCAGCCUCCAAAUGCGAAGACUAACUUGCAGCUCAGGCCUCAAUCAGAGCCAAUCCAGCUCCUGUCACAAACCAGUUCUACCUCACCUCACCAGUGUGUCCCGCUGCCAGAGGGACUUCCUCCACAACUGGAGGACAGCAUUCGAAAACUCAUGGUGGUUGCCAAGACCUCAGAGGGAGAGUCGAAACUCAAGUUCUUCACUCCAGAAAUCAACUCAAUCCUGCUGGAUGUUGAGUUGCAGUGUCGGGAACAGAGUGGCCAGGUGCGCUCCAAGGUGUACACACACCUGUCGUCUUUCCUGCCCUGCAGCAGAGACACACUCCUCAAACGCGUGAAGAAACUGUUACUCGCACACAUGGAAGCCCCUAAUGUGGGGGAUCCCAUGCAGAAACUCAAGGAGGCCAUCGGUAAAGCUAUGCCCGAGCAGAUUGCACGUUUCCAUGAAAACUGCCAAGCAUACGAUCAAGCCAAGACUUUAAAGGAGGAGGAGAAAGACGGCAAAGAGAAGGUGAAUGCUGGCCCAGAGGACAACGUGGAGGAGAAAGCUGGGAAAAGAGGAGGCCCAAAGAAGUUGUUCCAAUGGAAUGACGAGAUCAGGGAGAGUUUGUGUCAGGUGUUACAGGUGAAAAUGGAGAGAUAUAAAAAGGAAAGGAAAGGGAGCCAGGAGGUGGAGGAGCACCUGAAGACCUUGUUGGAGAAUGAGGUCAAACCUCUUUGGCCAAAAGGGUGGAUGCAGUCUAGGGUGCUGAUAAGGGAGAGCAGGAAAAUGUUGAGCCCGUUUACGUCAUUACCAGUAAAGAGGGCCAGGCCUGAGAAGAAGCAGCCAUCUAUCGUUGACCCUCCAGCUUCAUCAGAUGGCUGCACUGUUCCCCUGGGGUCUCUGCCACUGAAAGGACUCCCCCAAGAAGCAGAUGAUGUCUUUAUCGUGAGCUCAAAUAUUUCCAAUUCUGUGUCACUUGGUACUGAGAAAAAGGAAGCUGCUGUCUUGAAAAAAGUGGAUGGUAAAACAGGAGAAGGGGCGGCAGCGGAUGCUGGUUCCUUUACACCUGCAGGAGCAGACAAACCUCUGGCCACCAGGUCCACUCCGACUCACUCCCUCCUGGAUCUCCUUGCUGAUCAAGCACUGGCUCGAGAGCAACCUCUCUCAGUUUCCGAGGAGCUCCUAGCAGCAGCUGUUGCAAAAUACAAACGUUCAGUUCAGCGCUGGAGCUUUGGGAUGGACACCAAAAGUCCCCCUCUUCCUCCUCCACCUCCUCAGUCCAGCCCGGUCGGUUUCCCACUGAGUGGGGUGUGUCAUGUUUUGCCCCAGCUGCUGCAGGCUCAAGAUUUUCCCAGACACGUGGAUGAUCAUGUGCAAAUCAUCUCUGACGAUGAUGAUGACGUUAUUAUACAGUGACAGCUCUAAAUGCAGAUUUACAAAGAAUGGGAGCAGUCUCCCUGCACAUGGACUGGACACAUGAUGGGAAUCUACUCAGAGAGCCACCUGUGAUGAUAAACCUUUAACUGACUUGUAUUUGAAAGGCUUUGUUUAAAAUGUGAAUGAUUUAGUUUGGAUUAAUAAAUAAUAAAAUGCUUACAUGUUGUGUAGUCAUUUGUUUUUAAAGUGUAAUUAUGCGAACACAAGGUACAGUAACUGAAGCAAUUCCAAGCCUUGAGUUUUAGUUUUGAGCUACUACACUCAGUGGAUUCAUUUUUAAAAAUGUGUUUUUCACAUUUAACCACAGCAGUGCACAGUCAUGGUGGCUUGACUGCCUUUUCAAACAAAACGCUUAAAGGCUUUGUGACUGCCAUGUUUGUCCACCUAUUAUUCUCUACUACUGAAGCAUUUUCUGUAUCAGGGAUGUGUUUUGGUUUUGGUGUGACCUUGAGCCAGCAGAACUGAAGUUCCAGUCACACUUGUUACCAGUAUUUAACACCUUUAUAUAAUCAAAUUGUUUGCCACUCUGUUCAGCACAUAGACUGCAUAAAAUAAUGGCUAUAGCUACCAUGAUAUCAACCACUGGUUUGUGGAGUGCUGUUUUGAAGCCUCAAGUUUGGCAUUUCUGCCGUUGCCAUCUUGGUUUUUUGGGGCCAGAAGUGACCGUAUUUGAACGAGAGGGUAGAGCUGUGAAGGAGUGAGGGGUAGUCUGACUCAGACUGGUGACACCUCAAGCAGCCUGUCCCUUAAAGCAACUGCACCCUUAAUUAUGUAUCAUUUUAAGCCAAAUGUAAACAGAUGAGUUAUAUAAAAGUUCUCCCCCUGAGCAGUAAAAUUAGCUGUAGAGACCAGAGCCGUUUUUGUAUACCAGGCUGUAAACAUGUUAAUUGAUGGUGUAAAGUUGGCCAUUUUAACAUGGGGGUCUGUUUGGAUUGACACAUCUGGAGCCAGCCUCAAGUGUCCUUUCGAUGAACUGCAGUUUUGGCACAUCUGUGUU